ACAUUUUCGUGCAGUCUUGCAAUACAUUGCUCUUCUAAGUUCAAAAACUUGUAGAAAACGUUCAUUUACAAUGCAUUAGUCAAGAGUAAGUCUAUGGACAAUGUGGUGCCAUCCCGAGUUUACAAUUUCCGAUACUUGAUGAAUGCAGCACAAACACCAACAUUCCCAGUGCCACAGCGGAGCCCAGAGAGUUGGAAUGAGAUUCAGCGAAACGCACGACUGCGUUGUACCUGGGUAAAGGACCCGAGGACGCUGACAACAGCUAAUAAAGUCAACGGCCUGGCAAGGAGAGAAAAGACUACAGUCUCUGUUAACUGGAGAAAAGAAAAGAAUACAAUUUAAAGUGAGUUUAUAAGAACAACCGAGACGAAUUAAUAAGUGGACACGCGACGUAAGUGGUACCGUGGCAGAUGUGAGAUGACAGCAAUAAAGGAGGAUUAAACUGCUGGGAUGUUUAGAAAACGAUGAAAAAGACAUCCACACAAUAAGGACCGACUUCAGAGCAAAAAAAAAGAAUGCCUUGAUUUCUCACCGUGGGAGAGCGGGGGCACUCAUGUUUCUGUGGAAGAGAAAGAAAGUUUGCUGCGCUCCACUAUAACUCUACUUUCUUUGAGGUAUUGUUGCUGUGACUGUUUCUUAUUUCAGUUGCAGGGCCCACCUGUUCUGGUGCUGGCUCGUAACUGUUCACAAUGUCCAAACCUGUGCUGAAGAAGAACCACUGGGCCGCCAGAGUGAACGAGUGCUCCGUCUCUAAAGAUGCCCGUGGAGAGUUGAAUGUGCCAUUGCGCGGCGGCGCGGAGAACGGAGAGUUCGCCUACAUCGGGCCGGUCAACGACGAUGUCGUGCUUUACAAAAGUGGAACAUUAAACGAAGGGGAGCUUCUUCUGGAGGUGGAGAACCUCUCGAUUUCGGGAUUACCCUUGUACGACGUGCAGACAGUCAUAAAGAACUGCAAAGGUCCCGUCAGGUUGAAAACUGUCAGGCAAGGCCACCUGUCGUGUCCAGGGAGAUGGAAAUAACAGGCUCACACACUGUUUGUUCAGCUUUCCUUUUGUUCUAACUGUGAAAUGGCUCGUUUGUUAAACAUUCCCGUGUAAUGUGCCAAUUGAUGGCAUUUUAGUAUAGCAAUAAUCUUUUACUGAAAAUAAUACAACCACUUAAAAUAGCUUAAUCA